UCACGUACCAGUAUUGUUCGUACAAUUCACCCCAUUUCAUCCCUCCAAACAAUUGAGUCUGAAAUCACCUGAAAGAUGUGCGAGAGUUAAUUCUGAUAACCCCAGUACCGAUUUAAGUGACAAAAAGUGAAUAUUGAAUUGCAAAAAAUGUUCAACAUAAUCCGCGAUAUCCUCCCCCUGCUCCUGAUCGCGACAUACGUAUCAGGAGCCUGCGUCAAUGUUCCAAAUCAGGACAUGAUGGAGUAUGCCUGUGAAAAUGGCUACAUUAAUGAUCUAUACACAAUUCCGGAGAGCACCGAGAAAAUUAGAAUUUCAAAUAUGAAAAUACCGCGAAUAACACGCGAUACGUUCUCUCGAUUUGGUGACAAUGUAUUGAUAUUGAUGUGCACUCACUGUGGGAUAGAGGACAUAGAGCCGGAUUCCUUCAAAGCUCUGACAAACCUGCAGCAAUUGCGUCUCGAUAACAAUCACUUGAGGACUGUCAGAGCGUCAUGGUUCGAGGGUCUCAAACAGUUGACGUAUCUCGAUCUAAAUUACAAUGAAAUCGAGAGCAUAGAGGAUGGUGUUUUCGAUAAUACACCUGAGCUAGUUGAUCUCAGAAUAUCGGGAAACAAAUUGCAAUGCCUCAAUGUGGACGAGCUGUCGCGUCUCGGCGCUCUGAGCCGAAUUUUCAUAGCGAAAAAUCCCGAAUUCAAGUGUCCAAACGCCUUAACAAAGGUCCUUGAGCAGAAGCAAUUGACAUUCGAUAAGGACCCCGAAUGGAGUCAACUCUCCGAGGAUCCCAUAUCCCCCCCAGUGAGUCCCAUGCGCCCAACAACCCCCGGCUACCGAGAGCGCCUAAUCUCAACUCGGCCACCAGAUCCAACCGUCAAUUAUUAUCAAACCACCGCACCCAAUUACCCACCAUCUGCUUCAUAUCCAAACUACGAAACAACCAGUGAGGCGUCACACCGGACCUCAGUACCCUGGUACACAACACCGAGUUAUACAUCAGAGCCGUCUUAUCCAACUCGCAAUUGGCCAUCGCCGACAGAAGCAAAACCCGAAGUAUCACAAACACGUGCGCCAUACAAUGAGCCUUAUUAUCCACCGCAAGCACCGAGGUCUUCGACCCAAGAUCCCUACCCCUACACAGACGAUACUAGGUACCCAACUGGCUCAUCAUCUGACGUUACGUGGACCGGUGGUUCUGACGACACCUUCAGCGAGACUGACUACCCCCCGAUUCAGCCAAUGCCACCAUCCCUAGAAACAUCUCAGCCACCUCUGAGAGAAGAGCCGGAUUUCCAGACAUCAAAGCCAGUGCCAUCUGAGCCCAAACAGACCAGUGAAGCACAGCGACCCCCUCGCCCCCUUGAGAAUUACCAACAGGUGGAGGAGAAAGCACCAGUUGCCAUGAAUCUACCAAAUCCAUCAUCUCCAACGACAGCUAAGCCAAAGAGCUCGUCAUCGCACUCUGCUGCCUCCGCUGGACUAGUCCUAUUAACUAUUUUCUACUCACUCAUCAGAACGUUCUAGUUGGAGAGGGGGUGUGCGUGUGUGUGUGGAAGGGGAGGAUGCAAGACUUCAUUCGAUUAAUCAUAGCUUCACGCAAAAAAAAAAUAA